CUUAAUUAAUCAGUUAAUCCGCCGGAUUCAUACCAAAGAAAAAGAUGAUCAAUUUUCGAAAAAAACAGUGCCAAAAUUCGACUGUUACACCAAAUCAAGGACUGAGUGUAUGAGACUCACAAUGAUCUUAAAACUUUGAGGUUUACUGUUAACUAUUCGAGUAUCUUGGAGUCCUCUUUUCACUCUUACCUAAACCUCAAUCCCCUCUCUCACUUCUCUCGCUUCGAAUUCUGUGACUUGUUAGUUUUCACCCUAAAAAUCCCAAUCUCCUGGUUGGAUUCUGGGUUUUGACUUCGACGUUGCUCAAUCUGACGCCGCGUUCGAGCUACUGAAGUAGCUAACAUCAACUUUUAAGAACAUCGCUGCGAUCUCACUCCCAGGGAUGCAAAUCCAAGAUGAUGAGAAAAGAUAUUAGCAGAAAGGAUAUAAUUGAGGAGAUUCCAUAUUCUGGUUCUUCGAGAAUGGAAUUAAAGCGGAGUCAUCAUCAGUGGUUGACAGAAGAGUCUAGCUCAGAACUAUUCAGUAAUAAGAGACAACAAGUGGUAGAGAUUGAUGCUCAUAUGAAUUUAUCUCCAUGGGACACUUCUCUUGUGCCCUCACACUUCACUGAUUGCUUAUUCGAUGAUCCUGCCAUUGCGCAUACAUCACAUCUUCUCCGUAAUGGUCGAAAUUAUACUGAGGAGCAAUGCAAUCCUGUUUCAUCUUUUGGUUUGCCACUGGCUCAUCACGGGAGCUCUUUUAAUCUUGACACCAUUAAUAAAGUUAGCAACGUGCCCGAGUUCAUGGUUCAGCUUUAUGGUCAGGGAAUUUCAACAUCAUUUGAAACGGCUCCUUCUUUUAAUAGUGGUCAAGAGAGUACUACGCUAUCCUUUGGCCAAACCUUCAGUAAUACUGACAGGAGCUUCAUCUUGCCAGGGCAGUUCGCUAGCAAAACAGAUGGAAAUUUCAUUCGAAACUUCAAUAAUGAAGGUGUUGGUGUCGUACCGAUUGGUGAUUAUUAUGACAAAGGAGAUGAAAAUGUCCUGUCAACAUUUCAUCCGUUGGAGAAAGGAGUAGAAAACUUUCUAUCGAUGGGUCAGUCUCUUCAAAAGGCUGAUUGUAAUAUCUUCUCAGUGAGUUCCUCCUAUAAUAAGGGACAGGAGAACUUUAUGCCUCUUCUCUCUUGUGAACAAGUACCUGAAUACGAUUUCAUGACCGAAUCUAACUAUCACAAUGAAAAUGCCAAUGCGUUGUCAGCGGGACAGUCCUCAUUUACGGAAGGCGGUGAGAUGACAUUUAUGGUUUCUAGCCAAGAGAGAGCAGGUCAAAGCAAUGAUCAAAUCAGGCGCGAGGAUGAUAGAAGCGAGACCCUAUCUUUUGGAGAUUGUCAGAAAGAAACCGCAAUGGGAUCAUCAGUCCGUGUUAGUAACAAUUAUGAGAACUUCAGCCAUGACCCUGCAAUUACUAAAGAUCCUCUUCAUAUCGAAGCAGAGGAAAAUAUGUCUUUUGAAUGUAGAAAUCCCCCUUAUGCUAGUCCUAGAGUUGAUACCUUGCUGGUGCCCAAAAUUAAAGAUACAAAGACAGCUAAGAAGGGUUCUACAAACACAUUUCCUUCAAAUGUUAAGUCCUUGUUGUCAACAGGAAUCUUUGAUGGAGUUACUGUGAAGUACUAUUCGUGGUCACGUGAGGUCAGUUUGUUUGUUUUUUACCUGUCCUGAGAAGGAACCUUUCACCUUUACUCUUCUGUGUGCUGAAACAUUAUUUAGCAGAGAAAUCUCAAAGGGAUGAUAAAGGGGACUGGGUAUCUAUGUGGUUGCGGCAACUGUAAACUUAAUAAAGUAAGCAACCUGAUAUAAAUGGUUUUAGUAAUUCACUGGCAGGUCUGUUUGAUACAAAUCUAUGUCAUCUGUUUGUUUUCCAACUGAAUUCUGCAACAGGUUCUCAAUGCGUAUGAAUUCGAGCAGCAUGCUAAUUGCAAGACAAAGCACCCAAAUAACCACAUAUACUUUGAAAAUGGAAAGACCAUUUAUGGCGUUGUUCAAGAACUGAAGAAUACACCUCAGGAGAAGUUGUUUGAUGCUAUUCAAAAUGUUACAGGAUCUGACAUCAACCAUAAGAAUUUCAACACAUGGAAAGCUUCAUAUCACGUUGCUAGACUUGAACUUCAGCGUAUCUAUGGGAAGGAUGAUGUCACUUUGGCAUCUUGAGAAGACGAGUUAUCAACUGGCAGGCUUUUUGUCGUAAGUGAAGUCUGGGUGAAGUCUAGGUCUCUUACUAAAGUAUAUAAUCUACUGCAAGAACUCCAAGUUCUUAGCUUUUAUGAGACUUAAUGUAGCGCAUUGCUUGCUCUUAUUCUGGCAAACCAAUACUAUCAAAAAUGUUUUUUUGCGAUAUAUAGAGAUCCUGGAACAGAAUCGGCAUCUUAGACUCACUCUUGAGACCGAGCUGCUGCCUUCGGGAUCAUUAAAUGGUAACUGAUAG